AAUCGGCAAAAUUUUGUCAAAGUUGUCAAAAUUUUACGUUUUCAAUUUGUUUUCAGCGACUUUGUUUAUUAUGUUAAUUUAAAAGCUAUAUUCAAUUAAAGCAUUUUAGAGGGGAAAGCUCCUGUCUGUAACCGGGCUUUUUACUGUAAGCAUAAGAAUGUAUUUCUCCUCUAUAAGUUCCCGGUUACUCUUAUACGAUACCAACAGUUGGGAUUUGAAAAAAAGUUACUGGUGUUAUGAAGGGAUACUGCGGGAUAUAUCCUGGAGCGAUGAUAGCAAAUAUCUGUUGCAGGUCAAUUCUAAGGGUGUAGUAGAAAUACUAAGUCCAGCUGAUCAUGACAUCAGAACUCUCCAGCACAUACCACUGAAAGACACCUGGUCGGCCAGCUUCCACCGAGAGGGUCACCGUAACAUCGCCAUCGGCACCAGAAGUGGUAAUGUCAUGAUAUGGGACACUAAAAAUAAAAAUAUCACAAAAACAUUCCCAACACCAUCCCAACAAUCGUGUGUGAACUUUGUCAGCUACAAUGCCAAGAACACCAGUCUUGCUGCUUCUAUGCAAAAUGGAGAUACCGUUAUCUACGGUCUUGUUUCAAACAUUCCUGUGCUGACAGUGAAGCUUUCCUGCUCUAAAAGUAUCUCUGCAAUGAAGUUUCAUCAUGAGAGUCGAUCUUUACUCGGUCUAGCCACUGAUGAAGGCCACAUUGUCAUCCGUGACAUUACCACCAACAAAGAUAAAGCCUUCUUUGAAAAUGUCCAUGCGUCACCUGUCAGUGACAUUGCAUAUUCUCUCAUAAAUAGAGAUGUAUUGCUGUCCACUGGGUAUGAUAAAAUCAUGCAUGUUUAUGAUGUAAGAUUACAGAAUGUUGUAUCUACAAUAAGAACUUCAUACACUCUAACCUCUUUAGCGAUUAAUGCUGAUAACCAAGUUGCUCUUGGAACUAAGAAUGGUGUGGUGCUGGUGUAUGAUCUCAGAGACCUCACGUGUCCCACUAAAAUAUUGAAAGGCCACGAGGAAGAAGUACACAAGGUAGCAUUCCAACCAAUAAGAAGAAGGAUGGUAUCAACUGAUAUAAGUCUUAGGGAAGAUACAGUGGAGGUAAACCAGUCUCCACAAAAGCUUGGUUCUCCGGUGCGACAUAGAACUUCAGAUAUGUUCUUUGUCUCUGAUUCUCCACCAAGAAAUAACUUGGAUGUGUCACCUCAGAGUGGUGAUGCAAAAGCAGACUCCUUCCUUGUCAUGAUGGGUCUUGAUAAAUCUAAUGAGAUUGAGGAAGAUGUUAAUAAAUCUACAGAAUUUGAGAGGAAGAGUGACAGACAUGAUUUGAGGUACCGACAAUUGGAUGCAGAAAAAAAUAUUAGCAAGAUAUCAACUCCAAUAAACAGCCGGACAACUGAGAACUUGGUAUUUCCUUCACCUGUCAUAGUGAAUGGGGCUCCAGAUGAUGGAAGGGGCUCCAAUGUUAAUCUUUCACUUCUAAAGCCAUCUAACUCAACCCAAGGUUUGGCUGUGGAAUCAAAGGCAGUUGAAGAGUUAAAGGAUUUCAUCAAGUUGACCCUUGCUGAUGUGGCUGAUGAUAACAGGAACUAUUUCCUCCAUAUUAUGAUGGCUCUAACUAAACAGAAGUUGUACUUAGAGAAGCAACUGUCUGGGAUGACUGAGCAAUUACAGAAUAUGAAUCAUAUUCAAAAUGCUUUAGUUGAAACAAAUAGAAAACUCGCAUUUGAAAUUGAUCAGCUUAAAGCUAGACAGAGUUAUUUAUAACUUUGUAAAAACAUUCAAAAUUUAGGGUAAUAAAUGUUUGAUUUAUUCAGUAUGCAGAAUUUAAAUUUCAUGAUAGAUUAAAAAAUAAAGGUUUUGAUUCCAAUAAAAACUGCAUAGCACUGAAUGACUCUACAUUUAAUACUGGCAUAAGUAGAUAUUAGGUGCGCUCUUUUUGUUCAAAUGCAUUAUACCCACGCCUCCCUAAUUCUUCUAUAAUAUUCAAAACUCUAUUUAUGCUCUCUAUAUCCUAAAAGGGUACCUACUCUGUCUAGCGAAAAAAAUAUAAUGUUGAAUCUCGAAGUAUUCAUAAACCCUAAAUCUAAAAAAAAUAAUACUUAGGUAAAUUAUUGAUAGCCAUGAAAUGUAUCACAAAUUUAAAAUUAUUUAAAUUGUUAUAGUGACUGAUAAAAAGGAUUAACCAUUCCUAAAAAUACGUAUAUAGUGCCAAAUCUGUAUUGUAUAAUAAUAAUAAUGAAUUUGCUUGUUUGAAACUGGCUAGUUUUCGUAAACCAGUUAAUCUGUGCCAUUAGAGAAAAUGUUACGUUUUACAAUGUACCAUUAGUAUUUUAUUAGUGGACAAUAAUAAAUAUCAAUUUACAAUUUAAUUUGUUCGUACUCUAAUGCUGUGAAAGUGCAUUUCGUUGUUGUUAGUUUGAUUGUUAAUAGUUACAUAAGUAGAUGUGGAUUCAAUAAACCGUUUUCUAACA